CCCACAGAGAAAAAUAUAAAUAGAGUUCGGUGCCCACAAAAAUCACACAAUCAUCAAAGAUGAAGUUCCAGAGCAUUGUUCUUGUGGCUUUAGUAGCAAUCGUGGCAGUACAGGCGGUGCCUUACUUUGGACCUGAACACCAUCAAAGGAUUGAUCGCAGACGUGAACAUCACAACCACCAUGAUUCGUGGAGGCACGCUCCAGAAGAUCACCAUGCGAGGAUAGUGCCAUAUGUAGAGGAAGACCCAUCUUCACCCCCACCACCUCCUAGUGAUGAACCGUCCCAACCAAGUGANUGA